AUGGACACAGAUGCAGCACCGGGGUCGGGGCGUUCCAAGUUCAUGUUUGGAUUUGCCCAACUGGCGAAUGACCUGCCGGUCAUCUCCAAGGUGCUCAUAGCGCACGGCAUCGCUGACAUUUGUCUGCCCAACAAUGUGACUGCCUUGCCGCUAGCACGCGUGCUCGACACGACCCACAGGAGCAAAAAGAAGCGAGGAUGGGCUUGGCUCUACAUGAUGUUGGGCGGCAUGAAGAUCCGGAGCGCUUUCGGCAACGAGGUCACGCAGGCGCGCAUAGCCGGCAGCGCCUAUUUCUGGCAGGCCCUGACGCUGGCAAUGGAGGGCUUCUACCACGCCAGCAUUCCUCGAGCUUCAAAGGUUUUGGGCAGCACCAUUGCCUUCUGCGCCUUCAUGUUCGCGUGGCUGCAGAUGAGGGCAAAGUGGAAUGGCGAGCCCCAGGUGGAAGACUCCGUGUCUUCGCCGGCACUAGCCCCGGGCACUCUUCCCAGCGCCCCUCCCGCAGAUGGUGCGAAGGUCGUCUGA